UUGAAGAUUAAAAAAUUUUCCCCCGCGAAGGCAGGCACCUUGUCGCGGUGCGGGGGCUUAGUCGAAUCAUUAAUCAGACCUUAUUAGCGGAUGGCAGUGUACACAUUUGAGUACCAGUACUUGGUGUUUGCACUCCAUUCCCCUGACUCGGGCUGCUUUUUGAACGAUGACCAAGUUCUGCCAAUACCCCCUAAUCCAGGGUGUAAAGCGACACCGUGCCUAUUGGAUGGUUUGCAGCCAGGGGGUUUACCAGACCGGCUGUAUUUGAACGGCGCCUUCCUGAUACCGGGCCGCCUCAGGGAGUAACUGUGGCCUUACCGCGGCAUGGGGCGCUGUCGUGGUGUACCGUUUGAAUUCCCCACUAUAUUACUUAGACUGCUGAGCUCGCCUCGUCGAGCAGGUGGUCGUACGAACAAGAUGAAUUCAAAUACUUACUCAAAUAACAAUUAUAAAUCAAACGAAAGGGCUUUGGCCGAUCUAUUGGGUCAGUUGGUGAGGGGUAGAAACAACUCACCACCUGGCUACAGUAGAGGGAGACUAGGAGGUAGUAGCGGUGGUGGCGGACCCAUAAAUAAUUAUGGUGGUCCAUCUAUGGGACCGAAUGGUGAUGGAAGUGUUGGUGGUGGUUUAGGCUCUUGGGGCGUAAAUGCACCGAAUGAUUGGAAUCAAAGUGGAGGUAGUGGUAGUGGUGGUUACGGACGUGGAGGUGGUGGCGGUGGCUACGGAGAUAUUGGGAGUGGAGGUGGUAGUAGUGGCAGUAUGAUGUCAUUAAUGCAACGUGGUGGGGGUGAUGGUGGUGGCUUUGGUGGUAUGCCACAAGGAAGUGGCAUGAACGAUGGCUACGGUGGCAUGCCACAAGGCGGUGGUAUGAACAACUUUGGUGGCAUGCAGCAGGGCAGCAAUUAUAUGGGUAUGUCAGGAGGUAAUCAAGGUGGUUUCGGUGGGAUGCCAUCAAGUAGGGGGAUGAACAAUGGUGGUUUUGGCGGCGGCGGUGGUGGAGGUAGUAGCUUUCCACAAAAUAAUAAUUUUGUUGGGGAUGGGUUUGAUAAUUGUCCGCCACCUCCAUCUGGCCGCUCACGUGGCACAUGGGUUAGUGGAGCUGCUAAUCGUAGUAGCCGCAAUGUGCCGUCGCAAUCAGUGCGCCAUUCAAGCCGCUCAUCGAGUUCAACGCAUGACAGACGAAACUUAGGUGGUUCGAGAACGUCACUUUCAUCGAAAGGUAAUCGCAGCGGUGGUGCCUCAACUUCAGGUAAUGCUUCAAAACCUGUACAGGCACUAAAACGUAAAGCGCCACCAAAUUCCGCUCCGCCUGCAAAAUUAAGUACUAAUGCAAAUAAUGAUAAACGAAAAUCCACUCAAGCAAAUCAAACAACCACUCAAGCAAAAAAACCAUCCGCUGAAGCAAAUAAAACAACCGCUGUCAGUCCUAGACGGGUGCUGACAUCAACUGGUGGUCGUUGGUACCAACAUUUCUUAUCAAAAGGCAUGAAACCAAACGAUGCCAAAAAGAAGGCUUUUGAAAAUAACAAUAAGCCAUUUACGGCAGGAGCUGAAGGGGCGGCACCGGCAAGAAGGGUCAGAAGACCAUUCCCCCCACCCCUGGAUACGUAUAUACGACUUGCGAUUUUCGCAAAGGGUUUUCCCGAAGUUAUAUUGGAAACCGAUGAUCUAUCAGCCCUCGAAGAACGGAUCGUCGAUGAGGUUGCCAAUAGUAGCACCGAAUCAAAAUUGCAAUUUGAAAGGUUACUUCGGAAACCGGGCGUGAUGGUUGUUGAUUGCGCAAAUCAGAAAUCCGCAGAUUGGCUGAUAGACACUAUACCCAAAUUGAAUUGGGAAAGUACUGAAUUGGCAAUUUGUUAUGAAGCAGACAUUCCAGACGCGUACAUAAUGACCCUCUCGUUGCCAAGAAGUGCUGGCCAAGAUUAUGAUCAGACGUUGUCUUUAAUUCAGUCACAAAAUACCGAUUUGACAACCGAUUCAUGGGAAUGGGUACAAGAGCGUGAAGAUGGUGAUAGAUCAAUUCUUACCAUCCGUGUUGAUAAGGAAUCACACGCUGCAAUUAAAGAAAAGAGGUGGAGAAUAUUUUACAAAUUCGGUUUAGUAGAAGUAAAUUUUGCCCGCUAUGUACGUUUUGCUAUAAGUAUACGCUCGAAUGAAGUAGGGGGUGCCGAGAAAGCUAAGGUUAAAGAAGAAAAGUCAGUUGGUGGAGGCGAUAAAGAAACAACAGCGGAAACGACUAACGAAAAACAACCUUCUCCGCCACCCGCUCCAAUAAUCAGCAAAUGAAUUUAAAAUGUAUGCGGUAUCUGCAUCUUAUAUUAAACACACUUCUCAGUUCAAGACAUAACAUCCUUUCGAAACAAUUGACCAUGUGCGACAGAUUUGAUAAUGGUUGGAUGCCUGAAAGUGGCCGUUGGCGAUAUACAAAGAAUACUAUAAGCUAACUUCUUCAAUAAAUAGUAAGAACUUCCUUUAUCAAUCGAAUUCAUAACGGAUACUCAUACAGGAAAAUCGUGCUGUACAUUAAAAUAAUAGCAUACGGCGAUGACUGAGUCCUGUUGUCCGUGUGUAACGUCAAUUGUUUUGGAAAUGAUAUAUCAAGUAAAUAUUUUCUAAUUUAUUUCAAUCCUCAAAUACAUAUAAAAUUGUAAGAUUUAUUUAUGUAAAGCUGCUUGGCCAGCCCUUGAUACAUUAUUAAAAGUUGUAUUACCGUCAGCAUCAAUAAAAUUCUACUAGAUGGCGAUUUGAAUGAGCCCCUCUUAAAAUAGUCUUUGUUAUUUUCAGAAAAAAAAAAAAAUAAACAAAUCUGUACAUAAAAAAGAGAUCAGGGAAACAUUGCUAGCAAUAAAAUAAAUGUAAAAGAUAAACUAACAUUGUUUAGAAUAGUGUUGUUGUUAGCUGAGUUAUAAAGUUCAGAAAUAAUUAUUUAUAACUUUAAGCAUGAUGAUAUUGCUUGAAAGUUUAUUAAAAUAUCAUAUCAGCAUUAGGAUUGAAGUGAGCGUUAACAUUUGUUAUUAGUAUGUAGUAGCGUAGGAGUUUUCCCCCGCGAUGGCAGGCACCUUGUCGUGGUGCGGGGGCUUAGUCGAAUCAUUAAUCAGACCUUAUUAGCGGAUGGCAGUGUACACAUUUGAGUACCAAAACUUGGUGUGUGCACUCUAUUCCCCUGACUCGGGCUGCUUUUUGAACGAUGACCAAGUUCUGCCAAUACCCCCUAAUCCAGGGUGUAAAGCGACACCGUGCCCAUUGGAUGGUUUGCAGCCAGGGGGUUUACCAGACCGGCUGUAUUUGAACGGCGCCUUCCUGAUACCGGGCCGCCUCAGGGAGUAACUAUGGCCUUACCGCGGCAUGGGGCGCUGUCGUGGUGUACCGUUUGAAUUCCCCACUAUAUUACUUAGACUGCUGAGCUCGCCUCGUCGAGCAGGUGGUCGUACGAACAAGAUGAAGUCAACUAACAAUUAUACAAAUUACAAUUCAAAUCAACAAGCAUUAACUCAGUUAAUAGGUCAAUUGAUGAGAGGUGGCAACUCAUCAAAUGGCUAUAGAGCAAGAAGUGGAGGUGGUGGGGCCAGACAAAGAGGCAGCAUCAGACGAACAGCCACAAGAAUAAGACGUCGACCAGGAAUUAGAACGCAUGCCAGUGCAUCAACUCGAAGACCACUGUCUACUAAACCAUCUAGUAGCGGUACGAGUACGAAGAAACCUUCGUCAACAAGUGCAACACAAAAGCGUAGUGCCACAGAAAGUAAGGCUGAACCUGACAAGAAAAAAACCACUUCGGAUGACAAAGCCAAAAGUGGUGACACUAAGGAAAGCAAAGCAAAAGCAAGCGAUCCUAUUUUGAAGGGGUUGUGCGAAUCAGGGGUGCGAUGGUAUAUGCGAUAUAUAAAGGAAGGAUUAGAACCGAAAGUGGCAAUCAAAAAAGCUUGGGAACACCGCAUAGAACCGGUGGAAUAUGAACCUCAAUGGGGAAAAGAGUUCCAACCGAGAGAAGUCGAAGACGAGCCCAGACACCGACAGCGAGUACGAAGAAGGAUAGCGAAAAGUGUUGAGAUCAACGAGGAUUACCGUAUUGCGGUACAUCCCAAAGAUUUCCCAGAUCAAAUGCUGGACUUAGAUUCGGUAAUAGCACUGGAAGAGGCCAUUGCUGCGGAAAUAGCUAAAGGAGCCAGUGGAAAACUGCAAUUCUCCAAUGCCCAUUUGCGACCAGGUGCAUUACUCUGUGAUUGCGUAAAUGAGGAAACCGUUAAUUGGCUAAAAGAUAUCGUCACCAAGUUAUCUGAUUGGGAGGGUCCCGAGCUGACGACAAGCCAAGAACGUGUUAUUCCAGACGCUUAUGUGAUGACAGCGGCUUUACCGAAGAGCAUUGAGCAAGAUUUCCAACGCACAUUGGCCUUGAUUGCUGCGCAAAAUGAAGAUUUAAAUACCGAAGUGUGGAAAUUAGUGAAUGAACGUUCAGAGGAUGGAAAGAAUGUGGUGACGAUACGUGUAGAUAAGGAUUCCUUCAAUACAAUGAAGCGGCACGAAUGGAAGCUUUAUUAUCGAUUUGAAAAAGUCAACGUACAUUUCCAUCGCUACUUAAGGUAUAGCAAAAAACCUACUUUAUGGAUAACGAACCCCAGUUGCCACAAACAAAAUCAGGUGAAACCACCUGGUCCAUCAAAUGCAGUAUAAAAUAGAAUAAAAAAACGUUCAAAAAUCUUCCUCCUUGAAUAAAGUGAUUUCUUUGCCUUUCCACUUGCAACAUCUCCAAAAUCCUAAGUGAAUAGAAGCUUCAGGAGUGAAAAUAUAACCAAGAAAUGAGUUCGUUGUUGGCUUUUACUACGCAUCUGUGUCGCCCAAACUUUUUCCGGUAAUUUUGGUAUGUGUUCGCCUGUCGGAUGAUAACCAUCGGCAUCGGCUACAUAUGUCAUCGUGAUGGGUAUGCCUUCUGCCGAAAUGUACUGCACCACACCACUAUGGCCGAACUCAUUUCCUGCUGCUUUUGUUGUGAUGCCGUUGGAUGUUUGGAAUUCGUAAUGAAAAUCACCGCUUUCACUCGGCGCCUGGUUUUUGUAGUAAAUGGUGUGUGCAUCACGAUCAAGUGGUUUUACGCCCGCAUGCACAGAUUGCAAGUGUUGUGCAAAGAUAUCACAGAAGACCGCACACAAGAGGAGACGUUUAAACUGCAAAUGGAAGAGAGAAGAGAACAGAGCAACUAUUUAUUAUCCAUAAAGAACUAUACUUAAGGCAGUUAAAUUAAGCGGUGCAUUAAGAACAAACCGUUGUUUGGAAUUGUAGUCCAUCUAUGCUGUAUCGAAUUUUACGUGUCACCCGUAUUUUAAACAACAUUCCCAUUAUUUGAUUCGUAAUAGCGUCCAAUGACACAGCUGACAGGGAAUGAAUAUAUUCUGGAAGCACCGUCUGGAAGUUCAGUUAGCAGCACGUUUUUUGUUUUUCCACACACAUACGCGUACACGCCGAAUGUUUAGAACAACACAAUGAAUCUACCGCUGGCGGAUUCGUAACGAAGUGAAGCGGAUUUCUGGCGCGAUGGAAGCUUUUAUAGAUGCGUCGCUGAUAUGCAAAUUAAUUCGGCAAACAAUUCUUAAAAGAAGAGAAAAAAUGUCGUCGUUAAUUAGUUUAGUGUCACAAAAACGUCAUAUCAAUUCCUCUUGCAAGUUGUUUAUGUCAACUCGAGUGUUUGAUGCGACGUGACGCCUGCGUAUUUCACACACCAAGCACCGAGCAAUAGUAAUGCAUGCAACAACCGCUAUGUGGAGUGCGCUUUGGUCGUUAUGAAUCUUGUUUGGCACGUUUGUUGAAUGUAUGUCUUAUGCGGAAUUAAAUAAAUAUUAUGUAAUGCUUAAUUUCAACCAUAUUAAUUGAACUGAACGACGGAGUUGUCAACUGAUCGCUGCAUAAAUCAUAAACAUCAUCAGAAAAUAUACUUAAUUCACCAAUUUCUGCAUACUGUGCAUUUGGAAGCACGUGAUGCUAUAGAAGGAGCCCUAUGGAGCGAGAAUAUUUAUAUCAGUAUCAAAUAAAUAAAAUCUUCAUUUGUGCGCCGAUAUGGUAGCCACUAACUAAA